AUGGAACGUAUGGGCUUUCAUCGAGAAGAGAUUCGAGACUCUCUGGAGAACGCUAAGUUCAACAAUGUCACUGCUACCUACCUUCUACUGGACGAUCCACAGACCCAAUUAAACGUUCGUUCACGACAAGCUCUUGGCUCGCCUGUUAGCAGUCAACUAAUAUCAUCUGGCGUAGGGCCUAGCACCUUCAUCACAGGGAACAAUGUCAUCAACUACGACGACUAUGACUACUUCGAAAUCGACGACACCAUCUCCUCUAGUACCUGUUUCUUUUAA